GCGUACCAUUAAUAAAAAUGGCGGCGUCCUCUGAUUUUUACCUGCGAUAUUAUGUUGGACAUAGAGGGAAAUUUGGCCAUGAAUUUCUUGAAUUUGAGUUUAGACCUGAUGGCAAACUGAGGUAUGCUAACAAUUCAAACUACAAGAAUGACACAAUGAUCAGGAAAGAGGCAUUUGUACACAAGUCAGUGAUGGAGGAACUGAAACGUAUCAUUGAGGACUCAGAGGUGAUCCAGGAAGACGAUGCAGUGUGGCCGUCACCUGACAGAGUUGGCAGACAGGAACUCGAAAUUGUCAUUGGAGAUGAACAUAUUUCAUUCACAACAUCAAAAAUUGGAUCACUUGUUGAUGUCAACCAGAGCAAGUAUGUAUAAGAUUUUUUAGCAUUCUACUACCUUGUGCAAGAUCUCAAAUGUUUAGUCUUCUCUCUCAUUGGACUACACUUUAAAAUCAAACCUAUCUAAGGAGUCUGUUGGAAGGAGGCUGUUGGCAGGCGUAGGGAUCAGAAAUAGAACCUCCAUCUGUAAUCCUCAGAUAGAAUGACAUAAGGCUGUUAAUGAGAGAUGUUGAUCAAGUUGUGAUCAAGAGACAUGUACCAGAAAACAUUUACAAAAUGUGGAGAGUGUGUUUUAUUUCUGGUAGUCAUUCUUGACUAACUGUAUGGCAGUGGGACACUUCUAAAGACUGUUUUUUUUUUUAUAGUUUUAUCUGAUUAUUCUUUAAAGAAAUGAUGACUGAGGAUGCUGGUGACAAGGAACUUAAGGAGUUAAUAUUUCUGUAAUGUAAUUUCAACAAAUGUUAUUUCACCUUUGAGGGGCUAAAUAUCCAUCUUUCAUUUUGUUUUCAUUCUUUGUAAAAUCCCCAAUACCCAAGUACUCAUUUAUUAUGUUUGUCAUUUCAUAUGUCUUUUAGAUAAAGAAUAUAGUACAUUAA